UCGGUGGCUGCGAGGAGGACGCGUUUGGAGAGCUCCGCUUUUUGCGCACGGGAGAGUUUAGCGCACCGGAGGGACUUGCGCGUUUGGCGCUGCUGCGGCUGCCGAUUCCGUUCCGGAGGCUCCUACUGGUGCUGCGGCGGCUGGCCCAGUGUCGCUUUUCGCCCGGCAGGCAGCUUGGCAUCCUGCGCCCGGCUGCCUCUCCGUCGCGCGCUCCAGGGACCGUGCGCUCCCGGCUGGCCUGUGCCUGGCUCCUGGGCCCCGCUGCUGGGGCGCCCCGCUGUUCCCGGCCGGCUCUACCCGCGCGCCGCCAAUGCUGAACAUGAGCGAGGAGCACUCCAAAGCCCUGGAGGCGCCGGGCAGCCCAGCGGGCACGGCCAGCUCCAUGUCCCACGUGGACUCGGACUCGGACGCGCCGUCGUCGCCCGCUGGCUCGGAGGGGGCCCCGGGGGCGUCCUCGGCCUCUUCGCAGCGACCCGGCGGCGGCGGGCCCAAAGGCGAGCCGGGGGACGUGGACGAGCGCUUCCCGGCGUGCAUCCGCGACGCCGUCUCGCAGGUGCUGAAGGGCUACGACUGGAGCCUGGUGCCCAUGCCCGUCCGCGGCAACGGGGCGCUGAAAGCCAAGCCGCACGUCAAGCGGCCCAUGAACGCCUUCAUGGUGUGGGCGCAGGCCGCCCGGCGGAAGCUGGCUGACCAGUACCCGCAUCUGCACAACGCCGAGCUCAGCAAGACGCUCGGCAAGCUGUGGCGUUUGCUAAGUGAAAGUGAGAAGCGUCCCUUUGUCGAAGAAGCCGAGCGCUUGCGAGUCCAGCACAAGAAGGACCACCCAGACUAUAAAUAUCAGCCACGCAGGAGGAAAAGCGUCAAGGCAGGCCAAAGCGAUUCUGAUUCGGGAGCCGAAUUGAGUCAUCACAGUGGGAACCAGAUCUACAAAGCAGACACUGGUCUGGGAUCCAUGAGCGAAACUCACCACCACAGUGACCAUGCAGGGCAGACCCAUGGGCCCCCUACCCCGCCCACCACCCCCAAGACGGACCUCCACCAUGGGGGCAAGCAAGAGAUGAAGCACGAGGGGCGCCGUCUAGCCGAGAGCGGCCGGCAGAACAUAGAUUUCAGCAACGUCGACAUCUCUGAGCUGAGCAGCGAGGUGAUCAACAACAUGGAGACCUUUGACGUCCACGAGUUUGACCAGUACUUGCCUCUCAACGGCCACUCUGCCAUGCCGCCUGACCACGGGCAGAACUCUGCGGCAGGGUCUUACGGGCCUGCCUAUCCCCACCCGACCGGCGGCAGCGGGGCUGGAGCAGCCCAGGUUUGGACUCACAAGAGCCCUCCCGCCACCUCGCCUCCCUCCAACGAAAGUGGGCAGCAGAGGCCCCACAUCAAGACAGAGCAGCUGAGCCCUAGCCACUACAGCGACCAGUCCCACAGCUCCCCGACUCACUCCGACUACGGCUCCUACGCUGCCCAGGCGUGCGCCACUACUGUGUCCUCCGCCACGGCCACCGCCUCUUUUUCCAGUUCCCAGUGCGACUACACAGAUCUCCAAAGCUCCAACUACUACAACCCAUACCCUGGCUACGCUUCCAGCCUCUACCAGUACCCCUACUUCCAUUCCUCGCGCCGGCCGUACGCCACCCCAAUCCUCAACAGCUUGUCCAUCCCUCCCUCGCACAGCCCCACCGCGAACUGGGACCAGCCGGUCUACACAACUCUGACAAGGCCUUGAGAAGGACAGAAGGAGUUGUUGAAGACCUGAGGUCUUCCCUGGACCCCCUCCCCCCCCAAAAGUAUGCACUACACAAGUUCAGAAAUGGAAUGAAGAAGGCGCAGCCCAUGAAAGGAGCACCCCCAUUUUCCCGUCCCAAGUGCCUCCUGUUCUUCUGUAAUGACUUGGCCAUCUGCUCCAAAAAGCCUUUUUGAAAAGUUUUCAGAAGACAAGAGUUCUAUUUUCUUUAUUAUUAUUAAUAAUAAUUAAUAAUAAUUAAUAAAGCAUCUGGACUGAUGGUUUCCUUUGAAUACAUGAAGGACAGUAUAUUCUAACUCCUCUGUGAGGACUUAAAAGAGAAGUGCCACAAUUCGUACGCAGGACAGUGCAAAGUUAAGAAGGAAACAACAAAGGCAUUCCGGGGUCUAUUGCAAUGUGAGGAUGAGUCGGCCUUGGCGCACAGAACCCACCCUAGAUUUUUAAAAUCCUAACCAUUUAAUAAUAUUGAGGGACCACUUGAGAAUCUUUUGGGACCUACCAACCAACUAAUGUCAGAAUUCCUUUGAUUUGUAAUCAAGAGUUCUUCUAAGCAAGGUUUGGCUGUAAUUAACAUUUUUGUUCAGAAGCUUAAAAAAAAGUAUGUUAAGCUCAGAAAAAGGUGUCUUUUUGUCAUUGUUUUGGGGUAAAUCUGUUAAAUAUGUAUUUAUGUUCUGUGUAAUUUUGUCUUUUUUUAAUUAAUGAAGUAAUUCUGUGCAAGAAGUAGAUUUUCUUUUUUAAAAAAGAGAUUUUAAGGAGCAUAAACUAGUGGAGAAAAGAUGAUUUUCCUGCUCCUUAAAAAGAAGGUGGU